UCAGUGAGGCGGCGGCGGCGCCGGGAGCGGAACCGGGAUCGGGUUAGGACCGGGAUUAAGGCAGGAAUCAAGGCCGGGACCAGGAUCGGGAUCAAGGUCGGGAUUAGGACCGGGAUCAGGACUGGGAUCGGGACCAGGACCUGGAUCGGGAACGGGAUCGGACCGAGAUCGGGACCCUGACCGGGAUCAGGAUUGGGAUUGGGAUUGGAGCGGGAUCAAGGCCGGGAUCAGGACCGGGAUCAAAGCCGGGAUCAAGGCCGGGAUCGGGAUCAGCACCGGGAUCGGGAUUGGACCGGGAUUAGGACCAGGAUCAGGACCGGGAUCAGGACUGGGAUCGGGAUCAGGAUCGUGAACGGGACCGGGAUCGGAGCCGGGAUCUAGGCCAGGAUAAGGACCGGGAUCGGGAUUAGGGCCGGGAUCGGUACCGGGAUUAGGACCGGGAUCAGGGCCGGAAUCGGGAUCAGGACCCGGAUCGGGAUCAAGGCCGGGACCGGGAUCAGGACCGGGAUUAGGACCAGGAUCAACACCGGGAUCAGCACCGGGAUCGGAGCCGGGAUCUAGGCCAGGACCAGCACCGGGAUCGGUAGGGGCCAUGGGCAAGGACUACUACCGCACCCUGGGCCUGCCCCGCGGGGCCUCGGCCGAGGACGUUCGCCGCGCGUACCGGCGGCAGGCCCUGCGCUUCCACCCGGACAAGAACAAGGAGCCGGGGGCCGAGGAGCGGUUCAAGGAGGUGGCCGAGGCCUAUGACGUGCUCAGCGACCCCAAGAAACGGGAGAUCUUCGACAAGUAUGGGGAGGAGGGCCUGAAGGGUGGCACCCCCACCUCAGGCUCCGGGGGUGUCCCCAACGGCCCCACCUUCACCUACACCUUCCGUGGUGACCCCCACGCCAUGUUCGCCGAGUUCUUCGACGGCCGCAACCCCUUCGACACCUUCUUCGUGCCACGAGGUGAGGAUGAUGAUGACGAGACCUUCACCACCUUCCACGUGGGCUUCCCCCGCGGCCGCCCCCCCGGUGCCCGGCGCCAGGACCCCCCCGUGCUCUAUGAGCUGCGGGUGUCCCUAGAGGAGGUCUAUAGCGGGUGCACCAAGAAGAUGAAGAUCUCCCACAAGCGACUCAAUCCCGAUGGGAAGACCGUGAGGAACGAGGACAAGAUCCUGACCAUUGAGGUGAAGAGAGGCUGGAAGGAAGGCACCAAAAUCACCUUCCCCAAGGAGGGGGAUCAGACUCCCACCAACAUCCCUGCUGAUGUUGUCUUCGUGCUCAAGGACAAGCCGCACGGGGUCUUCCGCAGGGAGGGCUCCGACAUCGUGUACCCGGCCAAGAUCAGCCUGAGGGAGGCUCUAUGCGGCUGCACGGUGCACACCCCGACGCUGGACGGCCGCACCAUCCCCAUGGUGUUCCAGGACAUCCUCAAGCCUGGGGUCAAGCGCCGCAUCCCAGGCGAGGGCCUCCCCCUGCCGCGGGCGCCGGAGCAACGUGGAGACCUGGUCAUAGAGUUCGAUGUUCGCUUCCCCGACCGCAUCCCGGCUGCAUCCCGGAGCCUCCUGGAGCAGAUCCUGCCCCUCUGACCCCCCCUGCAGCGCAUGGGGUCACCCCCACCCCACAGUAAGGGCCGUGGGGGCAUUGGUGCCACGUGUGUGCCCCACAUAACCCCGGCUAUGGGGUGCUGCUGGUUCCUCACUGUUACAGUGGGGUGUGGGGGUACUUAGGGGGUGUCUCCCCCCAGCUUGAGGGUCAUGAGGUGUCCUUAGGGUGUCCUCACAGGGUGUUCCCCUCACCCCAUCUUGCUUAUGGGGUGUCUUUAGGGUGUGUCUGUCCCCUAUCCCCAUCUAUGAGGUCUUGGGGUGUCAUUAGGGUGUCCUCGUGGGGUGUUCCCUUCACCCCAUCUCACUCAUGGGGUGUUCUUAGGGUGUUUCUGUCCCCCAUCCCCAUCUAUGAGGUCUUGGGGUGUCCCCCCCCCAUCUUAAGGGUUAUGAGGUGUCCUUAGGGUGUCCUGGAUCCACCCUCUUGGGGUGUUCCCCUCACCCCAUCUCACUCAUGGGGUGUCUUUAGGGUGUUUGUGUCUCCCAUAUCAGGGUCCUGGGGGUGUCCCCCCCCAUCCCCAUCUAUGAGGUCUUGGGGUGUCCUUAGGGUGCCCCCCCCCAUCUCUCUGCUCUGGUGGCCUUGGGGUGCCCUUGUCCUGUGCCCCCCCCCCCCAAACUCUGUGCUCUGGAGGCGUUUUGGGGUCCCCCACUUGGGGCUCAUGGGGUUCACUGCCCCCCCCCAUGAUUUGGGGGGGUCUCCAAGCUCCAUUAUAGGGGCCCCAUGCCCUUGCCCCCCAAUUCUUUGGGGACCCCCCAUCUUUUUCCCCCUAAUUUGGGGGUCUCCAUCAUUCCCCCCACUUUGGGGUCACUCACAUCCCCCCCCCCAUUCUCCACCCCAUUUGGGGUCCCCCCCUAUAAUUCCCCCCCCAUCCUAUC